AGGGUUAGUGAAAUAUUUGUUUAUCUCAUUCGGCGUGUUAUGCGUUAUUGAGAUUGAAGAUUUUUAAUUUAAAUAAGAAAAAUACCAAGUAAAAUUAUUAAAAUUAACAUUUAAUAAUUUAUUAAAAAUAUAUUUACAUAUAUUGCAAAAUGGAUGAUGAAGCGGAAUCAUAUAAAUUGUGGCGAAUUCGUAAAACAGUGAUGCAAUUGUGCCAUGAUAGAGGUUAUCUCGUAACACAGGAUGAAUUGGAUCAAACUUUAGAACAAUUUAAACAACAAUUUGGUGAAAAACCGAGUGAAAAGAAACCAGCACGUAGCGAUCUUAUUGUAUUAGUUGCACACAACGAUGAUCCUACAGAUCAACUUUUUGUAUUCUUUCCUGAUGAACCCAAAAUUGGUAUCAAAACUAUUAAAACUUAUUGUCAGCGUAUGCAGGAAGAAAAAAUUCAUAGGGCAAUCAUUGUUGUGCAGCAAGGUAUGACACCAUCUGCUAAACAAUCCUUAGUAGACAUGGCACCUAAAUAUAUUUUAGAACAAUUUUUGGAAUCCGAAUUGUUGAUAAAUAUCACAGAACAUGAACUGGUACCUGAACACAUAGUAUUAACUCCUGAUGAAAAAGACGAAUUAUUAACGAGAUAUAAACUUAAAGAAAAUCAAUUAAUGCGUAUACAAGCUGGUGAUCCAGUUGCUCGUUACUUUGGUUUGAAAAGAGGACAAGUAGUCAAAAUUAUAAGACCUUCUGAAACUGCAGGAAGAUAUAUCUCUUACAGACUCGUAUGUUGAUCAUUAAUACAAGCAACAAAUAAUAUUCAUUUCGUGUUACUUCAAUUCAUUAUUAUUGAUGAAAUUCUAAUUUUGAUCUAUAAUAAUAUUUUUGUAAAUACAAAUCAUUUUUAAAUACAUUAUUGUUAUAAAAUUCAUUGAUCUUAAAAAACCAAUUAUACUAUCCACUAUAACGUUAAAUAAACAUAAGAUUUAACGAAGGGAUAAAAUUAAUAUUACUUUCUGAGAAUGCUUUAUUGUACUACAAUUAUGAUGCUUCGUUACAUAAUAUACAUUUGGUAGUAAACAUUAACUAUAUAUCAGGCAGUAAAUAAUGGUUGUACCACAAACGUGCAAUAAUUUCAAAUGUAUUCAUCGAUACAAUACAUUUGUUUUUUCCCUGAUUCUAAGAUUCACUUUGAACAAUGUUAUUUUAUUAAAACAACAUACGUAGAUGAAAA